CAAGGUGGCUUCAUAGACUUCUAAACGUAAUUAUUCAUACAGCAAACAUAUCACAUUCAAGAUGGCAUCGAGUUCGGAAUCAGCGCCCGUGAAGACGGUGCAGCUUGAGGGCAAAGUCAUUGCGAUUACAGGCGCAAAUAGGGGUAUCGGUCUCGGCAUAGCAGACUGCUGUCUCUCCAACGGCGCCAAAGCAAUCUAUUCCAUCGACAUAGGCGAAACCGGCGACGAGUUCGCAGAGCUAUCGAAGAAGUUCCCCAACCAGAUGUUUGCUCUACAAGCGGACGUAACCAAAGAAGAGUCUAUCCAAGCUGCCAUCGAUAAGAUUCUCGAGCAGGCGGGCGGGCUGCACGGUAUGGUGUGCAAUGCAGGCCGGACAAAGCACAAGGCUGCGCUGGACUUUACGACCGAGGAGAUUGAUCAGCUGUGGGGUGUGAACCUGUACGGGUCAUUUUACUCGGCACGGUGUGCGGCGAGGGCGUUUAUCAAGCAGGGCGUGAAGGGGUCGAUUGUGUUUACCGCGUCCAUGGCGUCGUAUCGUCCAAACAAGCGCGUCCCGUCAGCACCAUACGGUGCGUCUAAAGCCGGCGUGCGGAACAUGACACAUACCCUCGCCAUGGAGUGGGCGCAGUACAACAUCCGAGUCAACUCGGUAUCACCUGGCCUCGUCAAGACAGCCAUGACAUAUUGGGUGCCGCAGCAGCCCGAUUGGGAGCAGCAGUUGAAGUACUACGGCGGCAUGCCUAGACUAGCUGAAGUCGAGGAGCUGGGCGGUGCCUACGUGUAUCUGCUCAGCGAUGCGGCGUCCUACACGACGAGCAUUGACAUUCCAGUGAAUGGGGUGAUCGGAAUAUGCUGA